GUCAGGCUACAAGAUUUUUCACCGGGAUCAAUAUUACAGAUCAGACUGUACACUGCAAGUGGUUGACUCAACAACCUCGACUAGUUUUGUAGUUUUGAGAGGAUUGCUGUAAACUGAUCGAUGUCCUCGAGUUUCUACUAUUCAUGUCUAUAAACCUAAGGCCGCUUACAUCAAUGAUUAUCGAAUACAGUAAAACAAAGUUCAGUAUAAGGCCUGUGAACUGCGGAAUAUACCGAUACAUUACAGCGCAAAGUAGAAGACAUGAGCUCCAAAACACUAACGGUUCCAGCUCGUUUGCUCCGUCAUUGUCUCCACAAACCUAGUCGAGUUUUUCACGUGGGUCCGGUGCGGCUGUACUAUGGGUCCCCGCAGGUGGUCACGGGAUCAGCCGUUCGCACCGUGGACCUCCGCAGCGACACAGUCACCAAACCCGGAGCAGCCAUGCGCCGAGCCAUGGCCGAGGCAGAGGUCGGAGACGAUGUGUUCGGGGAAGACCCUACGGUUAACGAACUGCAGAAAAUAGCUGCUGAUAUGUUUGGCAUGGAAGCGGCUUUGUAUGUCCCCACAGGAACGAUGAGUAACCUGAUUGCAGUUAUGGUGCACUGCAGAGAAAGAGGUGAUGAGAUGAUAGUAGGUGAUCUCUCUCAUACUCUCGUUUACGAACAGGGAGGAAGUGCACAGCUUGCAGGCAUCCAUUCUGCAACAGUCACUACCCUUGGCGAUGGGACCUUUGACCUCAACCAGCUGAUCUCCAAGAUCCGUCACGGUUACCCUGACCCACACUACCCACGCUCCCGCUUGGUUUGUGUGGAAAACACGCACAACAUUCAGGGAGGCCGCGUCCUCCCACUCUCCUUCCUGCAGGAGCUUCGGUCUGUGGCUGAUAAGUUUGGUUUGGCUGUGCAUAUGGAUGGAGCGAGGGUGAUGAAUGCAGCUGUGGCUCUGGGCAUCCAACCCUCUGCUAUACUGCAGCACUGCCACUCUGUCAGUGUGUGUCUGUCCAAGGGACUCGGGGCACCUGUGGGCACCAUGCUAGGUGGGUCAAAAGAUUUCAUACAGAGAGCAGUACGUGCCCGCAAGGCACUUGGCGGUGGAAUGCGCCAAUCGGGUGUCUUGGCAGCAGCUGGUAAAAUUGCCCUGUCAGACAUGAUUGGCAGACUGAAGGAGGACCACAGGAACGCCAGAAGCUUUGCUCAAGCAUUGUUACAGUGUGACCCUCCUCUUUACCAGUUGGAUCUGAACACUGUGGAAACCAACAUUUUGAGGUUCUGUCUGCAGGACACCCAGAUGAGCCCCACAGAGUUCUGCGAGCGGAUGGCAGGCGUAGAUGAAGAAGAGGUGAAGGCUCUGGGCCAGGGAGUCCAGGUUCUGAUGUUCCCCCACGUUGGGGGAACAGUCAGGGCUGUGUGGCAUCUGGGUAUCAGCGAGGAAGACACUCAGCUGGCUAUACUGAAGGCUCAGUUUGUGGCCCAACAGCACAAGCUCAAGUCUAUCAAGGCAGCAUGAAAAGAGCCCUUGACCAAUCAGAGGUGUCUUCACAGUCACACUAAUCUUUUGUGUUUUAAAUUUUUCAAUUUUAAAACUGUAAAACUGCAAAACAAAGCAUAAUUAUAUUCGCUACUUUGCAUUCCAGUUGGACUGCCAAGACUUACCCACUUAAUUCAGUGGUGAGACGUAUAGUACACCCACUUGGUGUGUACAUAUCGUACACACAUUUAAUGGUUUCUCACAAUAAACUAUUGUGACUGACAUUUGCAUCUUGUUUAAAUGCAUUCUUUAAGCAGCAGAAGCUGUUUGAGGCCUUUUAAAAAGCUACAUUAUGGCAAGUUUUAUUGUUUUUAUCAUUCAGUGUUAUAUAGGUAUUCCCCAUAAGGAUAAGAUGUAGUCGUUUAGAGAAGCAUCGUCAUGACGACAAUGCAAAGAUUUACUGCUGUUGAUAUUGGAAGGAGCUUAGGGCCACUGUCUAGUCUUGGCUGAUAAUGCAGUUAACUUUAUUGCUAUAGCAUGCGCGAGGAAUGAAUUGGUUGGAUCUACAUCAUUUUUUUAAAUGACAUAUCCCUAAACUGGUUUUGGGCAUAUUCAUUUAUUCUGCUGCUUAUUUGCCGUUUCCAGUUGCCCUCGAAAUUUACCGUUAAGACAUUGUAAACAGUGUCACAGCUGACAAGCCAAUAUCUUGCUCUGCCUUGCAGAAAUUACAGAAUUUAUGCAGAAUCUUGUGCACAACAUUCAUAGAAUGAGUGUGGGUGAUUCUCACAAAACCUAUCAGGAAAGUGUCUAGGUUAUAUGCCAAUUUUAAAAUAAAAAGAAUUUAAAAAUUACAUUUUGCUUAUGAUUUUGUUUUUGACAUUUUCAUGACAGUUAAGCACAUUUCAUAGUUUUCAUAUUCUCGUAAUGCAAAGCAGAUUCUUAUUUUCAUAUUCUCAUUACCAUAUAUGUGACGCUGGACUACAAAACCAGUCUUAAGUCACUGGGGUAUAUUUGUAGCAAUAGCCAAAAACACAUUGUAUGGGUCAAAAUUAUCGAUUCUUCUUUUAUGCCAAAAAUCAUUAGGAUAUUAAGUAAAGAUCAUGUUCCAUGAAGAUAUUUUGUAAAUUUUCUACCAUAAAUAUGUCAAAACUUCAGUUUUGAUUAGUAAUAUGCAUUGUUAAGGACUUUAUUUGGACAAAUUUAAAGGUGAUUUUCUCAAUAUUUAGAUUUUUUUGCACCCUCAGAUUCCAGAUAUGUAAAUAGUUGUAUCUCGGCCAAAUAUUGUCCGAUCCUAACAAACCAUACAUCAAUGGAAAGCUUAUUUAUUCAGCUUUCGGAUUAUGUAAAAAUCAAAAUUUUGAAAAAUUGACACUCAAACAUAAUGCAUAAUGGAUGAUUUGAAUUUAUGCAAAUGUAAAUGUAUUUUUAAGUACUGUUUUGAAAAAUAAAAAGAAGUUAACAAUUACUAUACAGUAAGAGAUUUGUCAUUAAUGGAAAUAGUAAAAUGUUAAGUGCAUUAUGGUAAAGAAUUGGGGGUAAAAAUGUGCUAAAAAUAACAUUACAAAUGUUGUAUGCUCAUAAAUAUAGGCUUAAUUUCUAUGGUGAAAUGUGGACAUUUGAGUGGCUUUGUGAGACUGGCCUGUUUGCGGUAUUUAUUUUCUGUGAAGUGUGAAGUCUGUUAUAAUAAAUCUGCACAUGAAAUUACACCACAGAAUGAAAAAUGAGAGAAAUAUUUAAAAACUUAAAUAGUAAA